GGCCCAAUUCCCACGAAAAUUUAACAAACGAGGAAAAUGCAAAUGCUUGCUGGGAAAUCAAUAUCAUCCCCGUUGUGUACUCGUCAGUCGUCUCUUCUCAAUUUCUCCAGUUCUCUUCUCGUGGCUUGGCUGGAAGUGAGCUUAACAAAACUUCGAUCCUGAACCCGGAUUCAGAGGUGAAGCCCCCUCCUUGCGUCCCAGCUCCAAUAAAGCGAGACCGAAUCAAUGGUGCUUACCAAUUUCGAUGGCGUCGGCGUAGGAUUUGGGUUUGGAGUUGGUUGUGGCUUCGGCGUUGGAUGGGGGUUUGGCGGUCAGUUUCCCCCUCCCUUACCACCCUUUUCAAUUUCCCCUCUCCUCGUUCUUCGGUAGCUGGAUGUGUUUGAACUUCGAAGCUAGCUGACAUAAUUCCUUUUGCAUGAGCUUGGGGAAGAAGUUGAUUCCAGUCAUUGAUGGGUUUUUGGGUCUGAAUUACGUUGUAUCUACCACUUACCCAUCGACCCUUCUUUACGAAUCCAUCUUGCUGAAUGCUGAGUAGAAAAAGAAUGGAGUAGCAACUAGAAGAACAGUUGAGCUUGUUGUUGUUCUAGACUUGCAGUUAUUGGUUCCGUAAGCUGUUCUACCCAUGCCACGAGUUAUUGCAAGUUUGAGUAUCACUUCGAGUUGAGCUUUGCCGACUAGGUGAAGGGCGGAUCAUGAUUAGGGGAAUGACUUGCGAAGAUCUUGCCUUUUAUAGUGAUCUAUUGAAUGCAUAGGAAUUUGGAGAUAUCAGUGUUUGUUGUGGUAUUCAGCGUAUAUAUUUCUUUGCCUAAUAUCAGUUGAUGGGGAGCGAUGAUACUCAUCUUUGUCCCAUCAUUUGCAUCUUCCUAUCCGUUACUGCAACUUAUCUUCUCUUCCGUCGUAAACCGAAAGCCAGCAUCUCAUUUCCUAAUCUUCAAUGUCUGUCAUGUUUCUUCACAGGGAUGCCACUGAAUAUUUUGGGCCUUGGUGCAGGAGGAGGAUGCGGAGUUGGGCUAGGACUUGGAUGGGGCUUUGGCAGUCACUACAGAUCAUCCAGACUCACUUUCCACGGUGUAGAGUUUGGGAAGAAAGACGAACCAAGCAACAGCAAGAGUAAUGCUAACGCCCCAAGCAGCAAGCAACUUCAAAAGCACACGUCAAGUUAGAACCUCCAAGUAGCUUCUUCACACUGUACUGUAACCCUAGUUCCAAGUUAUCGAGUGUGAAUGGAGAUAGUGCAGGUGUUCUUAUGUUAUCAGUAAGGCAGAACUGAGAACCGUCAUAUUCCUGAUGUUCGCGAUGCACUUCUCAUCUCAAUCAAUUGAAAGCCACAUUGUUUGUGAAUCACUGUUAUCAAUCAAUCCCCAAGCUUUGAAUUAACAAAUUGAUAGAAUGUUUUUACAAACAGAAAUUUCUUAUUUAGAAACUAGGGAUCAAGAUAAGUGAAACAGAAAGAAAACCUCCAGGUAUCAAACAGAGUACAAACAACAAUACAUUCCAGGCUCGAUCAAAAGCCAUCACGAGAACCUGCAAGUUGGUUCAGGGCACAAUCUUGUAACCCUUCACUUUAUCAAUCCAGGAAAUGAACGAGCUCUUUGAAUUCCUGAACCCCAAGAACCCAUGCUCCUUGCUCUUGUUCAUGCUCGCAAGAACAUCCUCCACACCACAUAUCAUAUCCACAAACCACCAAUUCCCAACUUCCUCCAGCCUCGUCGGCUCGAGCUGAUUCUGCUUCACAAUCUCAUCCCAAACCGGCCCUUUCUCCUUCAUCAUCUCCACCAAGCUCACUCUCUUCUCCGCAUCCUCUUCAAACCCAUAAUUGUCUAUCCCAAACUGCUCCGCCAACACCUUCCACAAAUGCUUCCACUUGAACACAUCCCCAUUCACUAUGUUAAACGCCUCGUUCUUGGCGUAAGGAUCCACCGCCGCCCAUAUCUGAUGCUCGGCGAUCAGGUCAGCAUCCGACGAAUCCGAGUAACAGUUCCAAGAAGCUUUCGUCCCCGGGAAAAUCAGAGGCAAACCCUCGUGCUUACAUAUGGCGGCGUAGACGCAGAGUGAUCCAAUCGCGUUCAUCAUGCUGUAGGGAGAAAACCCCCAAAUUUGAUUGGGCCGGUGUACGGACCACGACAACCCUUCCCUUUUCCCGGCUUCUUCGUAGAGGAUGUCUUCCAUUGUGUAGUAGAAAUUGGGGGAAUUCAACCUCGGGAGAUCUUCUGUGAAAGGGGAGUCGUGGGGUUCGAUUUUGCCGAACGAUUCAAAGGAUCCGGCGUAGUGUUUCCCGCCGGUCUGAAGGCAAAUAUGCUGGAGAUUCGGCGCGUUGGGAACGACGGCGGCGAGGAGGUUCCUCAACAUCUUGCCAUUGAUCUCGCAGUUCUCUGCCUCGGUGGGGCGGUUGGCCCACGUUACGUAGAAGAUGUGGGUGACGUCGGAGAGCGGGGAGAGCUUCGAAUCGACGUCGGAGGCGUCGGCGAUGUCGCACUGGAUGUACUCGAUUGGGUGGUCGGAGUUCCAGUUGGGGCGAGGGCGUCGAGCUACGCCGUAGACCUUCCAUGGCCCGCCGGGAGUGUCGGCGAGAGGGAGGAUCUCCGCCAAGCUGUUGCCCACGAUUCCGGUGACGCCGACCACUAGGGCCACGCUCUGGUAGCUUCGCGGCGGCUCAUCUUCAUCGAGCUUCUUCUGCAGGGGCUCCAAUGGCGCCAGCCCACCACCAGCUCAUUCUUUCGGAUUGGGGAAGCGGAUAAAGGGAAUUUGGUAUUUAUGGGCUUCACGGCGACUGUAAUAUCGAUUCGGUGGCGCUUAUGCUCCGCUGGAUUAUCUUCUUCCUGUGCCCUGUGAGCUGAGCUUGAUCUGAAUUAUCAUUUGGAAAAUGGGGAAAAGAAAUGUAAUAAUCAGAGACUCAAGAGGGUUCUUCGUCUUUUUCCAUUUUAGGAGCAUAAUAAUAAUUCUGAAUCACAUCAGAGGACCGACUGCUAUGCGUUGUGUGGUUGACGGAUGAGUUGAAAGGGACAGCCUGUUUCUUGUUGCAUGCAUUAUCUAAUUCGCUCUGUGACUGAUAAUUGGAAACAGAGGAAAACCUCUCUUCCCUUGCUCGCACACUUCGGCCGA